ACUUGUAUUUAAGGGGCAGAAUUGUCCUUAAUUUACAAGUAACUGGAUCCCCUCGAGAGGAUUCCAAUGCCCCCUGGACACCUACCACCUCCAAUAUAAAUUAACAAACUCAGUCCUGGAGGUUCGAAGAGCUUAGAGCAGAUACACCAUUAUCUUCCAAUCUACUCCAUGGCCAACCCGAACACUGAUCUCCCUUUAUAUGAAAGAAUCCAGCGUAAAAAUGCUGUACAAAGAGCCUUUGAUAUCAUAAUCUUCUUCCUUCUCCUUUCUCUUCUUAUUUAUCGCCUUACCUUUCUCAACGACCAUGGCCUCACUUGGCUCCUUGCCUUCCUAUGCGAAUCAUGGUUCACCUUCACUUGGUUUCUAGUCAUGAGCAACAAAUGGAAUCCUGUAGAAAACAAAACAUACCCGGACAACCUCUUGCCAAGGGUACCUGAUCAGCUUCCGUCGCUGGACAUGUUUGUGACAACUGCAGACCCUGUGCUAGAACCUCCUAUCAUCACCGUAAAUACCGUGCUCUCUUUGUUGGCCGUUGAUUACCCGGCACACAAGCUAGCUUGCUAUGUUUCCGAUGAUGGUUGUUCUCCCUUGACCUACUUCUCUCUUUCUGAGGCCUUAAAGUUUGCCAGGCUCUGGAUUCCCUUUUGUAAAACGUACAAUAUUCAAGUCAGAGCUCCAUUUAAAUACUUUUCCAAUGAUUCCCCAUCGUUCAGUGAUAUCUCUUCGGACUUCCAACAAGACUGGGAAAGGAUGAAGGUUAAGUAUGAACAACUUUGCCAUAAAAUUGAAGAUGCCGCCCAAAAGUCCAUGCCAUGUGAUUUUACUGGGGAGUUUGCAGAAUUCUCAAAUGUAGAACCCAAAAACCAUCCAACUAUUAUCAAGGUUAUGUGGGAGAACAAGGAAGGUCUUCCAGAUGGAUUACCGCAUUUGGUGUAUGUAUCAAGGGAGAAGCGACAUAAGUAUCCACAUCAUUACAAAGCGGGUGCCAUGAAUGUUCUAACGAGAGUCUCUGGAUUGAUGUCGAAUGCUCCCUAUAUGCUGAAUGUAGACUGCGAUAUGUUUGUCAACAACCCAAAAGUUGUUCUUCAUGCAAUGUGCAUGCUGCUUGGUUUCAAGAGUGAAAAAGAAAUUGCAUUUGUUCAAUUCCCACAAAUUUUCUAUGAUGGAUUAAAGGAUGAUCCAUAUGGGAAUCAAUACGUGGUUUUGAAUGAAUACAUGUUGCAUGGAAUAUCUGGAAUUCAAGGACCUUUUUAUGGGGGAACCGGAUGUUUCCAUAGACGAAACAUUAUUUAUGGCCUAUCUCCAGAUAAUGUGGAAUCAAUAAAGGGAACAUUGGUUGAGGAUAAGCUUUUAGAAUUCGGAAGUUCAAAGAAGUUGGUCAAAUCAGUAGCUCAUGCUUUGAAAGGGAAGAGAGAUCCACCUGACCAUCUUUGGGACUCCAUUGAAGCAGCACACCAAGUCGCUAGUUGCGGCUACGAAUAUAGUACUAGCUGGGGUAUAGAGUUGGGCUGGAGAUAUGGAACGACGACAGAGGACAUCUUAACUGGGCAAACAAUCCAUAAAAAGGGAUGGAGGUCUAUCUUAUGGACAAUGGAGCCACCGGCCUUUUUAGGGUGUGCACCCUCGGGUGGGCCUGCGGCAAUGACCCAACAGAAGAGGUGGGCCACUGGCCUGCUUGAAAUUCUAUUGAGCAAAAACUGUCCCAUAUUUGCCACCCUCUUUGGGAAGCUCCAACUUAGGCAGUGCUUUGCCUAUCUGUGGAUCUUCUCGUGGGGCCUACGCUCCGUCCCUGAGCUAUGCUAUGCUACUCUUCCAGUAUAUUGCAUCAUCACCAACUCCCAAUUAUUCCCCAAGGUUCAAGAACCAGCAUUCUAUGUACUAGUUUCUCUCCUUUUCAUUUACAACCUUUACACUUUAUCCGAGUACCUACGAGCUGGCCAGUCAGUCCGAGCUUGGUGGAAUAACCAAAGAAUGGCAAGAAUUACCACCUUGACUGCAUGGUUGUUCGGAUUCCUGUGUGUCAUAUUCAAGCUCUUGAGAAUAUCGGAGACAGUCUUUGAAGUUACGAAAAAAGACCAAUCUAGUGAUGCUGCCAAUGAUGAUGAUGCUGGGAGGUUCACCUUCGACGAGUCCCCUAUUUUUUUGCCUGGCACAACCAUUUUGCUGCUACACUUGACUGCACUGGUUAUGAUCUUGUUGAAGUUGCAACCACCAGCUCAUGAUGGUCAUGGGUCAGGACUAGGGGAGGUCUUUUGCAGUGUGUGGUUGUUGUUAUGGUUCUGGCCAUUUUUUAAAGGGUUGUUUGGGAAAGGAAAGUAUGGAAUCCCCAUAUCCACCAUAUGGAAGUCAGCUGCUUUGGCCUUACUUUUUAUGCACUUUUGUAGAAGGAACACAAUGGGUUGAGACUUUGUUUAUGCAAUUAUAAUAUAUAACUGGCUCAUAUAACCCGAACUAUACACGGGAUUUUUCAUUAUAUAUAAUUUAACUUCAAAA